AUGAUCAAUGAAAGUUGCAUUAAUGGUUUUAUACUCCUUGGAUUUACAGGACAGCCUCAAUUAGAGAUGAUCAUCUCUGGGGUUGUUUUUUUCUGCUACACUGUUGCCUUGACGGGCAAUAUGGCCAUCAUCUUGCUGUCUUUCCUCGAUGAACAUCUCCAAACUCCCAUGUACUUCUUUCUUAGAAAUUUAGCCAUCUUAGAUCUCUGUUACACCACAAAUAUAGUUCCACAAAUGUUGGUCAACAUCUGGGGUCAAGACAAGAGAAUAACCUUUGGUGGCUGUGCCUUUCAACUUUUCAAUGAUGUUACACUAUGUAUAGUUGAAUGUAUUCUUUUAGCAGUCAUGUCUUAUGACAGGUUCAUUGCUGUCUGUAAGCCUCUGCACUACAUGACUGUAAUGAGUGCACAGCUCUGCCAGGCCCUGGUAGUCAUGGCCUGGGUAAUUAGUGUUAUUAAUUGCUUGAUCCUUUCUCCCUAUGCCAUGAGUCUUCCUCGGUGUGGAAACCAUCACCUUGACCACUUUUUUUGUGAAAUAUCUGCCAUGGUUAAGAUUGCAUGUGUGGACACUACAGCCAUGGAAGUAACUAUAUUUGUUGUGUGCCUAACUAUGGGCCUUGUUCCUCUUCUCCUCAUUCUGGUCUCAUAUGGUUUCAUUACUGUAGCGGUACUCAAGAUCAAAUCUGUAACAGGGAGACAAAAAGCAUUUGGGACUUGUUCCUCCCAUCUCAUUGUGGUAUCCAUCUUCUAUGGGACACUUAUCUACAUGUACAUCCAACCAGGGAAUAGUCCAAAUCAAAAUGAGGGUAAAUUUCUCAGUAUAUUUUAUUCUAUUAUUACUCCCAGUUUAAACCCAUUAAUAUACACACUAAGAAAUAAAAAGUUCAAAGGUGCCAUGAAAAGGCUAACAAGAAAAGAAAAACAUUCUAUGAACACAACAAGACAUUGA